UACUAUCCUGGUGUAGCCACAGAUAAACUGAUAGCGAGAACCUACACAGAAGAAUGGAGAGAGAAAGCAAGGUCCUACUGGAGGUUGAUGCCAGCAUGGAGGCAGACGAUCCGACAACAGCCAAGAAGUUUCAAAAGUCCAGACUCUCUAUGGCGCUGAUCGCCUUGAGUCUCUGCCUGGCUUCUGGUGCUGCUGUGUUCCUCUUCUCCAGCGCUCCUGUAACGGGCGAAGGACAAGAGGAGAGCAGCUUUGGUGAUCUUAGGCACAAACUGAGGCAGAUUUCCAGCACGAGGGCAGCUAUUCAUCUGGAGGGAGAAUACAACGAGUCAAUGAAGACGUCUGUGAUGUGGAAGAAUAAAGUGGACCAGGGACACUCUCAAGGCGGGCUGAAGCUCCAAAACAAUGAGAUCUUGAUUCCUCAUAGCGGCCUCUACUUUGUUUACAGCCAGGCCUCUUUCCUAAUGAGCUGCAGCCAAGAUGCUGAUGACACUAACCCCCUGGUCCAUGUGAGUCACACGGUUCAGCGCUGGACCAAGUCAAUGGGCAGUGCCUAUCAAACCAUCAUGCACUCUGUUCGUAGUGUAUGCCAGACCACAGCCAACAAUGAUUCAGACAGGAUUGGAAGCUGGCGCUCUGCGAUAUACAUGGGAGCAGUGUUCAACUUAAACAAGGGGGACAAACUGAAGACAGUCAUGGAAGAGAGGAUGCUUGAAGCGCUGGAGGACGGUCAUGGAGACACUUUUUUUGGUGUGUUUGCCUUGUAAAGAUAUACAUACAGUGUAUGUAGAGCUAGUUUUAUAGCUCUGCUAUAUGCAGCACUGCCUGCUGCGUGUUGCAGAAGUGCCAUUGUUGUUUUGGGUUUAAGGAACCACUAGUUCUCGUUUACAGACACUGGAAUAUCCAUGUUUGAUCUACGUCGGUGUUAUUCUAUGAUCCAAGUCAGUUUUUUUACUUAUUCAUUUGUCACAUCACUGAUAUAACUAAAUAUCCUGUUUUUGCUGCUAUUUUAUUGUUUCACUACAGCCUGACAAAAAC